ACUUGAUUAGCUAUUUACGGCUAUGAUUUAAGAAUGCUUUUGCCGUUUUGGCUCAUGCUCAUUUCAUUGCUUCUAUACCUAAAUAUUUUCCAGUAUCAAGAAUGAAAUUGAUUUUUAAUUUUUAAAUUGAAUUAAUAUGAACAGAACAUUUACACAACCAGAAUUUAUUGAAUCAUAUCAACUGUGUUAUGUAUUGAUUUCACGUUGAAUUGUCCCUUGAAUACGAAAAUAGCUAAAACUAUAAUACCUAAUAUUCAGGCCUAGUUGUUUGUUUGAAAUCGAGCUUAUGGAAUCGCAGAACACCAUCCCUUCGUGGGGAUAGUGGGAUACUGCAGAAUUUAGUUUAAUCUAAGCAUUAAGUACAUUUCGCUACUUCAUAGUUCCCCACAAUGCUAGACUGACGGUCGUCUGCGAAGCGAACCGAAUAUUACGCCGCCAGCGUAGGCCUAGUCCGACGGCGCGGCGGGAUUUGCAAACUCCGCCCGAAUGGCGCCGCAUACAUCUUCGAGUCAGAACUCGGAUAACCCCGCUAUGCAAAAACCAGCGUGAAACGGGUACUAAAGGUACAGACAUCGCGGAGAAGAUGCCGCUCAAUCAAGAAAAACGUUCGAACAUAACUGUUUCUAAUAACAAUGACCACAACUACCUUCACAAGAAAUUUAAAAAAAUGGCAUCUACUAUACCCGUUCUACCAUCAAAUCAGUCAAGAGGUCAGGAAAUUAGACAAAAAGAAAUAAACGUGAUACAGAAUGCAUCUAAUGCUCCGAUAACAAAUGGAAGCAUUUCUGCAGCACAUCCUGAAAUUGAAAAAAUUAAAGAAAAACAACACAGGCAGCACGUAGAUGCGGGUGAAAAUAAUGUACAAAUUAAUUAUAAUGAUGAAAAUAGUAAGUUAGAUAAUGUAAAUACUGUUCAACUAUCUGGUCAAACCAGUUUGACAGAUGAAUUUUUAAACAAGACUGAGAACCUUGAAAAUGAUUUUAUCAGGGAUGCCUAUAAUGGCACAGUAGGCGGGCGAUAUAUAUGCCCAUAUUGUAAAUUAUCUUGUGCCAAGCCUUCAGUUCUUCAAAAACAUAUCAGAGCACAUACUAACGAGAGACCCUAUCCAUGUAUACCUUGUGGAUUUGCCUUUAAGACAAAAUCAAAUUUAUACAAACAUUGCCGAUCACGUAUGCAUGCGUUAAGGUUACAAGGAACAGAUAUACCUAUGACUCUAAAUGACGACGAAAUGUCAGGGGGGUCCGAGAGUGACACUCCUACCUCUAUCUCUGAAGCAGGGUCAGACGUUUCGAAUUGUCGAAUAGAAACGUUGGACUAUAAGCCUGAACCCGAACGGCUUACGGAUAUAACACAACUCCGCUACACAAAUACAUCUCCAAGUGAGACCAGUAAAUCGAAGACAAUUUAUAAACCUAAAUUUAGAGCUGGAGUUGCGUUUUACCGUGAAAGCGAUGAGAAAGAAAAAUUAAAGAAAUCAAUAUCACCAAAUGCAGAUUUUCUCAACGAACAUAUCUCUAAAAUUAUAUCAGACAACGAAGCUAUAAUUGAUGUUAUAGAAACACCAUUACAAAAAAAAUAUGGUAAAAUCAAACAAAUAGCAGAAAGUAAACAACUUAUGAAUGACAUUAACGAAAUAAAGUCGGAUUCGUCUCCCUUGAAUCUGACAAAAAACAAUAAUGAAACAGAAGUUUCGUUCAGGAAAAGAUCCCAUUCUGAAAGUUUUUCACAGGGUCAUUUUCAAAAACACCCUUUGAAUCCUGAGGGAUCUAUAAUAAAAGAUCUCCUCUUAAAAACGAAAAUGGACGGAAUGGUGCCAAUUACUGGAGAACUGCUCGAAGGUCCCCUAUUUCUUUGCCCUGUUUGUCAAAUAAUGUACAGAAGUGCAGAUAAUUUAGAAAUUCAUAGGCUGUAUUAUUGUAAAGGUAACGUUAACAGUAAUGUAGUCAGUGACAGUAAAGAUCUAAAAGUUAUAAGAACUGACAAUAUUUUUGUAAGAAGUAAUUCUGUUAAUGUGCGAUUACCUGAAAGUAGUUCAAGUGCUAUUCAAAAAUCAGGCAUAAAUUCAAAAUCAGCACCAGCUCGAUUAAAACCAGAGAACCUCGUUAUCACGAAGGCAGAAUGCAAUGAUGUGGUAGCUCCUUUGCCAUCACCAGGUCCUUUACUCGGCAACACCCGACUUGUGGACUCAAGAAUACCAUCUGAAUUUGCUAGAAAAAACGACGUUAUAAAAUCAAAACCUAUAGCAAGUCCAAAAAGGAAAAUUGAUAGUCAUUCUGAUGCAUACAGUCCAAGAUUAGUAGAAAACGUAUCACCAAGAUCUACUGACUUGUAUUCUCACCCAAAAUUGAGAUGCGUAGAAACAAAUUCGAAUAAUUUACGUUCGAUCGAAGAAAUUUCACCUAAUUUAAGAAUUAAUUCAACAUCCCUUCAAAUGUUUGGUGGUGAAGUGAAGAUAGUAGACCAUUCUGGGAGCACUACAACAUUGCGUAUUGAACCAAAUAAAAACCAAUUGUCACCUAUAAUGAUUCAGACAAACUUGUCGCCAUCGAAGCUUAUUAGUGACAUUGAAGCAAGUAGUGUUGUAGUUAGAUCUGGUUUGCAUUCAGGCGGGACAAUCGUUCAUAAUCCUCCAACACCGAAGGAAAACUUGAGUACUCCACAGCCACAGACGCCUAGAAUGACAAUAUCAACGACUGGUGUUCCAAAUUCAAACUUGCCGAAUAUUCAUGAUAUAACUCAUUUUCAAUUUCCGCCACUCAGUGCAAUUACGGCUUUUAAUCCGUUAACACUGCCUCCAUUGAGUCCUUCAGCAUCUGUAUCACCCAACGGAGCUACGAAAAUUAUGCAUGGAGGGAAAUUGAUCCCACACGUUCCAGGUAUACCAGGACCAAAUACUCCAAGUAGGUUUAUAGGAAAUACAAAUACAGUUCCAAAAAAUCUAGGGAAUAACGAUAAAACAAUUUCUAUACAUGAUGAUAAACACUCAAACUUAGGAGCCAUACACCCUAUAAAAAGUCCUCACGUAAUGGCGAAGUAUGAUACUCAGCAAUUGCGCAAUACACGAAGUCCUAAUUUGAGGAUACCUCACAUGGAAACCGAAAAACAUGUUCAGACACAUGAACAUAGUGAAGUACAUUAUAUUUCUUCCAUUCCUAUUAUCAAUGUAAAUAAUGCUGAAGACACAAAAAUAUACUCCUCCAACACCAUAAAACAACUCCAUAGACAAGAUGUCGGGCUGAAAAGAAACGCUGAGGGAGUUUUAAGGACACCUGUCUUGAAAGAAAACGUUAACUUCCCAAACAAUAAAAAUAAAAAUAAAGCACCUGGAUUGUUGAUCAAAACAUUAGAUAUUAAAAAUGAAAAAGAAAUACGUAAUUUUAAUUUUGAGAAUUUGAUAACGAAAACUGAAAUUUUCAAUAACCAAGUUCCAACUUCAUGCGAUAUUCAGAAGAAUAACACACAAGUUACAACAUCGUGUGCAACUCCGCAAAAUGAAAGGUCGGAGCCUUUAUAUUUUCAAAAGAACAUAAUGGUAAAGUCUGCUAACGGUGAAAGAAAACCAAAAUUUUUGAGGCCGUCUACGUUGCCUUUAAAGCCUGGGACGUUUACACCAAAAAGACAUCACGGUAUUACACCAAAUGCAAAUACUAUGCCCUUGGUAUCACCCGAAACUCCCAGACCAGCCAAGGCCUAUGGGCAGUUGUACCUUAACGGAAAUGCGUAUACGUACUUGGGCCUGAAAUGUUCAACUAAGGUUUUUUAUUGCACCAUCAACAGACCUCAACCAACUUACGUUCCAAAUCAACAUUUUCUUUCCAUGUACAGUAAUUGGCAGUUAUUAUCAGAAUUGACACCAGAUCCAUUAGGGUUGUCGGCGUCUUCAGCUAUGUCUUUAUACGAUUCUCGACAUCGACCACAAAAUAUGUCAGUAGCAGUAAUUAAGCACGAUCUUAUUUUAACACACUCAUCACAAUGGAAUACAUUUAUAAAAGAAAAGAAACAGGUGCUCCAGUCACUAGAUGUAAAAAAGAUAGAGGAAAAUAAGUCUCAAAUUAUGUCAGAGUCUGAAAACUUGAUGACUCCCAAAAAAGAGUUGACUGGUGGCUUUGAAAGUAAUGAAGAGUACACAUAUGUUCGGGGGCGUGGGAGAGGACGUUACGUCUGCUCCGAAUGCGGUAUUAGAUGCAAGAAACCAUCCAUGUUAAAGAAGCAUAUUCGCACUCACACCGACGUGAGGCCUUACACAUGCGUGCAUUGCGCUUUCAGCUUUAAAACUAAGGGUAAUUUAACUAAACAUAUGAAAAGCAAAGCUCAUUACAAAAAGUGUUGUGAGUUGGGUAUAAAUCCAAAUGAAGGUGAUUGUGACACUAAUGAAAUGGCCCAAUGCUCUGGUGAAACAGAUGACGACACUGAUUCAGAUGGAGAUGAAGGAAAUGAGGGUGAAACUGAAUCCAGUGAUACGGAAGCAUAUAAAUCUCGUUUACCGGAACAUGAAGCUGCACAUUGCUUGUUGUCUUUAGGUGGUAACAGACCUUCUACGUCAGCUACUCCAGGUUUAUUAACAAGUGCUAGACCAACAACGUAUCCUUACGCACCCGUGGGAUUGGAAUGUAUCGAAAUAUACACAGAACAGGUUAGGGAUUCAUCUGUUGAUGUGAGAGUUGAUGCAGAAAAUGAACCUAUUGAUCUCAGUAAAAAUGAUGUGAAAACACCUAACAUUCCUGAAAUUCCAACUGCAAGAGAAUCAAGUGUUUUAGCUUCUUUGGCUUCAAAUACCGCUAAGCUCCCUCAAGCUCCGAAUCAAUGGACAAAUGGGGAACCUUUGCUACACACAUAUUUGACCGAAAGAGCUUUAUUAGAUACAAAAAUAAAGCAAAGUCAAGUUACGAGUUGCCUAAGCAAACAUAAAAAUAUCGAUUUAGAAAAAUCUGCGUUCACGGAUGAUGCAGUAGAAAAUCAAAAUAACACAGAAAAAGUAAAAUCUUUACAUUAUAUUAAAAAUGAUGAUAGAGUAAGAAAUACAAAUGAAUGUGACGAAAUUGAAAAUAACAUAUCCUCCGUGGCACUUAACGAUAUGGUAAUUGAUACAAAAGAUUCUACCAUAAUGAACAGCAAUGUACCAAUUGAUAUGAAAAAGUCGUUUGUGCAGAAUAGUACAAAUUCUAACGCAGAAAAUGCAAAACACGUAGUGUCCGAAUAUUUAAAACAAGCAAAGAUUAAUCUCAUCAAAGCGCAAGAGGAUAUGUCAAUUAAUCAAUCAGAAAACUUCGGUGAAGAAAAAAAUGGCGAUGAUAUCUUAAAAUCUGAUGAAUUUUCAGAUUCAGAAACCAUGAAGUCAUCAUCGAUAUUGGAACAUGAUUCUGUUGCGACAAAAGUCGUAAUUGGUGUGGGUGGCGUGGCUUUUAAGGUUACUAAAGGCAAAGAACUUGAAAGUUCUUCAUAUCCCCCUGGCAGAAUCAUGGAAGACGGAUGCAGAGAUUGCAAUUUUUGUAAUAAGACAUUUACGAAACCUUCACAGCUACGGUUGCAUCUAAAUAUUCAUUACAUGGAAAGGCCCUUUAGAUGUAGUAUAUGUGCCGUGAGCUUUCGCACACGGGGUCAUUUACAAAAACACGAACGGUCUGCUUCACAUCACAACAAAAUAUCAAUGACUUCAACAUUCGGGGCAGCAACGUCGUUUAAUCCCAGACCGUUUAGAUGCUCCGACUGUAAUAUAGCGUUCCGAAUUCAUGGACAUCUUGCUAAACACUUAAGAAGUAAAAUGCAUGUUAUGCGUUUAGAGUGUUUGUUUAAAUUACCUUUUGGUACAUUCACCGAGAUUGAACGCGCCGGUGUUAGUUUGACAGAUAUAGACACAACAGAUUGUGAUAGUUCGCUGGCUAGCUUGCAAUUGCUCGCAAGGAAGCUUCACGAAAAAGAUCCAACAAAAUUGGAAUAUCGAGAUCCUAACGGUCUAACAAUAGUAGAACUACCUGCAGGCAGGGAACUGUCGGAAGACGAAGAUAACACACCCGCCGAUAACGCAUGUGUUAGUGAAAAAAACAGUAAUGGAAAAACAAGUGAAGGUAAUGAAGAUCAAGAAAUGGAAACACGUGUUAACUGUAGUGCCACAGAUAUUUAGUGCCAAAAUUAUAUUACGUACAUAGUGUAUUUUAAUGUGCAGUUUUAUUUUGUUUUUAAUUUAAGUGUAAUUAUUAAAGCUGGGGUUACUCAGAUUCGUGUGAAAACAAUUGUACGCUUUAAGAUUGUAACAUACUCUAACAUUAAAAAUUCGAAAAAUAUUAAUAUGUAUCUUGUAAAUAUCUCCACGUAAUAUUAAAUUUGUUAAAUUUGCUUUUAAUGUAAGUCUUAUUAUGUAUUAAUACUGUUAUUUGUAAUUUCUACAGAGAUAAUAUUUGUUGAAUUGUAUUUGAAAACGAAGACCUAGAUGGGAUAUAUUAUUGCGACAGAAAAAAAAGAGGUCCACAUUUUUUAAACUACGCUUAAAUAUCAGUCAAACAUAUUACAUUGUCAUAGGAGUAGUCGGAUGAUAUAUAGAAUAGAACAGCACUUUUGUAUGAAUUUUUGUAUGACAUAUUUACCACUUCAUAUUUAUACUAUGUAACUACUACUUCCAUAAAUUUAAAACAAUUGGCAUAUCAACUUCCAUACACUAAACGUAGAUAUGAAUAAAAAACAAAAAUGUCUUCCAUAAAAAUGUACGGAAAUAAAUUGAAUUUAGUUUCUUUAAAGUUAUAAUCAAUUUGUAUACAUGUUUAAGCUGGGCUCUCCGAUUUAAAAAAAUUAUAUUAAUAGUAGUAUAGUUUUGAUUCCUACUAUUAUGCAUUACUAUUAUUCAUUUAAUUUUUAUAGUCCAAUGUAAAAAUAAUUAUUAGUGUGAAUGAUCAAUGAUCUGCAUGUUUUGUCUUUUUUGUAAGGGAUAGGUUACAGAGCCUAGUUUUUUAUAUAUAAUGUACUGUUAUUUGAAAAGUAUAUAUAUAUUCAUUGUUAAACUAUUUUUCUAGAAAUUAAGCUUUAUGGCGCUAAUAUGAAAUUAAGCUUCAUUGAAGCUGCAGACCACAAGCUGUUCGAAAAUAUCACUAUUAAUAAUACCAAUCAAAUCAAAUUCAAAUUUUUAAAAUAUAUGAUAUCAUCAUUAUGUUUCUUUAUUGUAGUAUAUAUAUGUCUUAUAUUGUUAUAUAAUAUAUUGUAUAAACUAUUUUAAUAACGAUGUAGAUUUACAAUAACAUUUUUACAAUAUUUUCGAACUGGGUUGCUGCACUGCGCCUUAUACUACUAUUGUACUAUACCAUAUUGGAAUAUCAAUUUUCAAAAACAAACUACUUAGUUAUUUUUGUAAAUAUCUUGUGUCUGAUCAUAUCACGGGACUGUCAUAAUUAUUAAGGUACAAAAUGUAUUUAAGUACCACCAUAAUAAAUAACUAUCUAUUAAAAUAUAUAUGUACAUAAUCGAUAAAAACCUAAAUCUACCAUUAUGAUCAAGAAGCUUAUAGCAACAGAAAGGCAUCGACGCUAAUCAAUGAUUUAUAAUUAUAGGCUCCUAAUUCUAAAACUUAUACAAAAAAUCUGCUAUACGUUUUAAUUGAAAAAACUGUUGAAAUAGACAUUCAAGCGGAAACGAUAAAUCGUAUCAGUCUCGAGAGGCGACAUAAAGUGCGGUAAAUAAAAAAAUAAAUAUUUUAAACAAAAUAACAUGCAUACUUAAAUAAUUCACAUCUACAAAUAAUGUUUCUAAUAUUAAUCCAAUUCCGGAUUGGCAUGAAAGAAAAAUGAUAAUAUUCAAUAUAAUUUCAAUUGAAUGCCUAUUUACUGGUAUUGUCAUUAUUCACAUUAUUUUAAAUCAUACAUGAUCCAUCCUUUCAUCUCUCAUUACAGACGGGACUCUAUCAAUUUUACUUGCCCUUGUUUACCAUUACUUAUAAGAUCAAACCGUUUACAAUUUAAAUAACAAAAUCAAAAUUCGAUAUGUUACUCAAAAAUGUGAUCCGACGUUAUAAUUCUCGCACUAUCCAAUAAAAUUGUUUCCAAUUCUUUGCUAUUCCAUUGUUGUGCGAGCGGCUCUUUUUCCAUUUAAGCCAGUGUGCUUAGUGCGAGUUUUUUUAACGUUCUCGAUAGCGUAAAAGUUAGGUCAUAUUUGUAUGGAAUGGGAUCGCUUGCGUACGUUUGCCGCUAGGGGCGGUUCCAAUUGCAUACAAAAUUGGCUUAACUUUUACGUUAUCGAGAACGUUCAGAAGCUCGCACUAAGCACACAGGUGGCCUGUAAGCGGUCUUAUCUACAAUAAUAAGUUGUUCUAACUGAUUAAAUCCAUCUAAUAAAAUUUCAAUGGUUCGGUACUAAACGUUUCAUAUUAAACGUCCCCAAGCUAGGGUUUUCCCCUUUGUUAUAAUGGGUGCUUGAAAGUUAAACAUGACAAAUGUAUGUACAUUUAGUCCUCGAAUGCCAAAUGUUUUUAAUGAAGAAGCUGACUUCGAAUUUAAAGAGGACUCUGUGAUACAAUAGGUAGCUAAAGUCAACUCUACUAAUUCAGCAAAGCCAUAAAUACAUAUUUAAAUGCGUAUUUUACAGAAUACAAAUAGCUCAUUUCCAUAUUAGUUUUUCAAUGAAAUUAUCUCCUCUGUUAGCCACUAGUAUGAUUUUAAAUAAAUACAUAAUUAUUAUUUUCAAAACACUUGCGAAUAGAAAUAUAAGCUUUUUAAAGAUAAUCAUUUAGUUAUUUCAAGUUUAAAAUGAUUUUUAAUUGAUAUUUUUCUAUGUAAUUUUUAUAUUUCAACUACCGAUAAAUUGAAAUUUAUUACGUCAUCUGUAUAGUUCUCUAAUUGGGACAUAAUAUAAAUUCGAGACAGAACAUGUAAAGUUACUUGAUCAUAAACUGUCAUGAUUUUGUAUUUUGUUUCCAAGAAUGUUAUUUGUAUGUGCUAUAAACUUUUUGAUUAUGAUUAGUGAGUUGGUAACUAUAGAAUGGAAUUAAAUCUCUUUAUUCAAAUUUUCUUUAUGCAUGUGUAUACCCAUAGCAUGUUUAUAUUCACUAUUAUAUAACGUAAGCAAAAAGUUGACUUAGAGGAAUGUGUGAAAAAUUAAAUUUGAUAUUAAUGUCGUGAGUCCUAACAAUUAUUUAUUGAUAGUUUUUAUGGAUCGAAAAAAAAUGUAUAUUUGUGGCUAUUGUAAAAUUUUAGACAUACAUUUUCUGGUGUUUUAUUAUGAGAGGUAAUAAUUUUAAUAAAUUGUUAAAACUUUAUAAUGAUGAAGUUACAUAAUUAAAAUACACUGAGAUAUU